AUGAGCGUGCUUAGUCCAGCAGACGGCAUUAAGUGUAAGCGACUUAAAGGUGCACCUGGUUUGCCUGGAUCUAACGGAGACAGAGGAUUCCCGGGAGGGCCAGGGCUCAUGGGCCCACCUGGAAUACCAGGACCUCAGGGUCUCCCUGGAGUCCCUGGAGAGAAGGGCGACCCAGGCGAUGCACUCUCUGUUCGGGGUGUGAAAGGAGAAAAGGGAGACACAGGCUUUCCUGGCACUUCAGGUCUGCCGGGACUCAACGGAAGACCUGGUCGUGAUGGAGUUCCCGGUCCCCCAGGCCUCAGAGGACCACCUGGUUCGGCAUUAGUGAAAGGCUCACAAGGUCCAUCAGGUGAACCUGGCUUGCCAGGACCUCCAGGAGACAGGGGUCUGUCGGGUCCCCCAGGAUUUGGUCCUCAGGGACCUCUUGGAGAGAAAGGUAUCCAGGGUGUUUCAGGAAGAUCAGGGGCCCCUGGAGCACCAGGUCAGAAAGGUGAACCUGGGUUGGCAGUGUCAGAUAAAGGUGAACGUGGACCCCCAGGACGUGAUGGAGAUCCAGGUUUGCCAGGAAGUCCAGGUAAUCCAGGCCUACCAGGACAGCCUGGGUUCCCUGGCUUACUUGGACCCAAAGGAGAUCCUGGUCUUUCUGGUAUUGGUUUGCCAGGACCCCCUGGUUCUAAAGGAUUUCCUGGUAUUGCUGGUUCCCCUGGUGGACCUGGUAUUCCUGGACGACCAGGUUUGGACGGACUGCCUGGUCAGCCUGGAUUACCUGGACCCAAAGGAGAGACUGGUUUUGGUCUACCUGGACCUCUAGGCCCUACAGGAUUACCAGGCAGUAAAGGUGCUCCCGGUUCUAAAGGUGAUCCUGGUUUCCCUGGAAGCCCUGGUGCACCAGGUCGUCCAGGUCUUGACGGGGCUUCUGGAUCUAAAGGUGAUCCUGGUUUUCCUGGUGGUCCUGGUUCUCGUGGCCCCCCAGGGCCCCCUGCCUUUGGCCUUCAGGGCCCCCCUGGUCCUCCUGGAGCUCCUGGCUCUAUGGGGUCUAAUGGAGUCCCUGGUGUGAAUGGAGAGAAAGGAGACCGUGGCCCCCCAGGUUCGAGUUUUCCAGGGUUGCAAGGUGACAGAGGAAGCCCUGGACUUCCUGGGCCUCCUGGUUCUGCUGGUCCACCUGGGGGUCCAGGACUACCUGGUCAAGAUGGCCUAUCAGGACUGCCCGGGCCUAAGGGAGACAUUGGUGGGAUGGGUGCUCCAGGACCUGCAGGUGCCCCUGGCAACCCUGGCAGACAAGGCUUUUCAGGACCAAAAGGAGAUGACGGUGUCCCAGGACGACCAGGAAGCUCAGGUUUCCCAGGAUCAAAGGGAGACAAAGGUGACCCAGGCAUUCCAGGCCCACCUGGCCUAGGCCCACCUACAGGUCUACUUAAGGGACAAAAAGGAGAACCCGGAUCUCUAGGUUUUAGCGGACCACCAGGAGCAAAGGGUAUUCCCGGUAUCACUGGAGAUCCUGGUCUCCCUGGGCAAGAUGGAAGGCCGGGUCUACGGGGACCUCCAGGCCUCAAAGGUGAUCCUGGUAUUCCAGGAACUCCAGGGUCUCCAGGAGCCCAAGGACUGAAGGGUAGCAUGGGGGAGAUGGGAUUACCAGGAGUUCCUGGAGUGAAAGGAAACUACGGCCAAACAGGCCGAUCUGGCCAGCCUGGUUCCCCAGGAACACCAGGGUUCCCGGGACCCAAAGGUGAUCCUGGCUCACCAGGAUUUGGAUUACCGGGAACUCCUGGGCCAAAGGGUGAACCAGGCCCUCCAGGAUUUCCUGGAACCCCUGGUCUGAAAGGCCAGCCUGGCCUUUCAGGAUCUUCAGGCUUGCCUGGUAGCCCUGGACCAAAGGGUGAUCCAGGACUCCCAGGAUUCCAAGGUGCACCUGGCAUUCCUGGCCCUAAAGGUUUGGAUGGUGCUCCAGGCACUUCUGGUCCUAGUGGAGCAUCUGGUAGGCCUGGAGAUCCUGGACGACCUGGAUUAACUGGCCUCCCUGGUGAUAAAGGUCUUGCUGGACGUGAUGGUAUUCCAGGACCUCCGGGACAAAAGGGUGAACCAGGCACUCCAGGCCUUGGUGGCCCAGGCCCACCCGGUUUCCCCGGUUCACCAGGGACUAAAGGAGACCCUGGUUUUCCGGGUCCUGCCGGUAGUCCUGGAUUUCCUGGUCCAAAGGGUGAUGCAGGAUUUCCUGGGUUGCCUGGCCCAGUUGGUUCUGGAGGACCACCUGGGCCUCCAGGCCUGCCUGUACAGGGACCUAAAGGUUUCCAAGGCACACCUGGUGCCCCCGGAAGAGCUGGUCCUGCAGGUUCUCCUGGCCCUGAGGGUCCCCGUGGACCUCCAGGUAGUGGAGGAGUAAAAGGUGAGAAGGGCAUGCCUGGACUCCCUGGGAUACCUGGUGCACCAGGACUGAAAGGAGAUUACGGUCCCCCUGGCUUUUCGGGUACUCCAGGAAAUCCAGGACCUAGCGGCCUGAAAGGAGAUACUGGACCUCAAGGUGUUCCUGGAUUCCCAGGACCUAAAGGACAGCUUGGCCUUCCUGGAUCUAAUGGCAACCCAGGAGAACGUGGUGACACUGGAACACCAGGUUCUCCUGGUGAGCCAGGCUUUGCUCCAAACCCAAUUCUUUUGAAGGGGGAGCGUGGUCAAUCUGGACCACCUGGUAUCCCAGGCAGCAGAGGCCCAACAGGUCCCUUGGGAUUGCAGGGUCUUCCAGGUUCGCCUGGUGACCCCGGAGACCCAGGUCCAAUGGGACCUCCAGGAUUUACCGGCUCACCAGGAAGGAAGGGAGAUACAGGACCAGCUGGACAACCAGGUUCGCGUGGUUACCCCGGCCCUCCUGGUCCAGAAGGGAUUCAGGGCCUUCCAGGUAUCGCAGGAUCAUCGUCUGCCGCACACGGUUUUCUGAUCACGCGCCACAGUCAGACCACAGAGGUGCCAUCGUGUCCUGGAGAUACAAGACUCAUCUAUGACGGCUACUCUUUACUCUAUGUGCAAGGCAACGAGAGGGCGCACGGACAGGACCUGGGUUCGGCUGGUAGUUGUCUACGUCGUUUCAGCACGAUGCCUUUCAUGUUCUGCAACAUUAACAAUGUCUGCAACUUUGCUUCCCGCAAUGACUACUCCUAUUGGCUGUCCACACCACAGCCCAUGCCCAUGAACAUGGCUCCUAUCACUGGAGAGAGCAUCAAACCUUUCAUCAGUCGGUGCUCUGUGUGCGAAACUCCAGCCAUGGUGAUUGCUAUACACAGCCAGACCAUUCAGGUGCCAUCCUGCCCGGACUACUGGGCCGUGCUCUGGAUCGGUUACUCCUUCAUGAUGCACACCAGUGCAGGUGCUGAGGGCUCAGGUCAGGCUCUUGCCUCUCCCGGUUCCUGUCUGGAGGAGUUCCGCUCGUCUCCGUUCAUCGAGUGCCACGGUCGAGGCACCUGCAAUUAUUACAGCAACUCGUACAGCUUCUGGCUGGCCACUGUGGAUGUGAAUGAAAUGUUCAGAAAGCCGCAGUCAGAGACACUGAAAGCUGGAAACUUGCAGACCCGUGUGAGCCGCUGUAUUGUGUGUAUGAAGAGGACGUAACGUAGUGACAUUUUUGCAGUCUGUUGUUAUUGUUGAGGAUCAGCCAUCACUUAAAACGACUGCGGGGCCAUCAUGCUGAUUUCCAGUGAAGUUUCAUUGGUGCAGUAUCUUCACAUUUAACUCUAUGGUGCUACUGUGUGACACAGCAAAAGAAACUGAACAAAAUCAAUGAAUUUAUUAGUCUUUUUUUAUUUGAAAGAAGUACCUCAAAAGAAAAAUGCAGAUCCAGCAAGGUGCCAUGGCAGUUGUGACAACAAUGUGCAUUAGAAUUUUCUUUUUUUCUCUAGAGAUUCUUUUCAUGUAAUAUUUUCCUACAAGAAUUUUGAUGUUGGUACACAAAUGGUACAUUUUUGGGGAGAAGCACUCUCUCGCUUUUUUCUAUUUUCUUUCGAGUGGAAUUGUCUCCAUGUUACCAAAUCGG